ACUCUCUCAGAUAACCCCCCUCCCCUCGUUUUGUGACAGAGCCAAUCGCCAGUAGUUGCUGUCUCGCCCAAAUUCGUAGUCAAAACAAACAAAAACCUGAAGUCGAGAUACACGGCCUGCCCCUGCCCCUGCCUGAAAACUGACACGACAUGAUGGCAUCACCACGCACGACGCUGAUGAUGCUCGUCGCUGCGGUGACCGCGGCGAUGCUGACGACCACGGCGAUGGGCGACCCGGUCUGCCCGCCGCUCGACCCAAACCUCUUCUACUCGUGGAGCGGCUACGUGACGAGUCCCCCGACAGGCACCGUCUGCAGACCAGCAGUGCUCCCGACGAACGAGGUCUGCAGAAUGUGCCAGCAGGUCCAGGUCCCCGUCGCGUUCUGCCCGCCUGGCUACACGCCUGCGCGCGACGAGCGCUACCCAAGCUGCCUGCUCUGCCCAGCUGGCUACUACUGCAAGGCAACCGGUGACACGUACCCGGUCGUAUGCCCAAGUGGCCACUAUUGCCCGGCAGGAUCCACGUACGCUCGCGCGUGCUACUCGACCUCCGUCUGCCCCGAAGGAUCGGAAAAGCAGGCCUUUUUGGGCGGAUUUCUCGGGAUGGCGCUCGUUCUCAUCGUGCUCGCCGUCAUCAUGCACUGGCUCAACGCGCGGCAGCGAAAGCGCGCAGUCAAGUCGCUGCCAGUCACGUCGACCGCCACCAUGCUGCCCAGACUCGGCAGCACCACGGCUCAGACCAAUCCUGCUCUUGCUCUUGUCCAGUCUCGCGCUCCGCCUUCUGCUCCCAACUCGAACAGCACUGUUCGCGAAACCGACGACCUCGCGCUCGCAGCCGUCACGGACGAGCUCGCGAAAGGCGCCAUCGGCAUGACCGUCUUCAACGCGAAAGCCGAUGAUGCCGAGCGUCAAUCCAUCGAUGCCGAUGCAGCGGACGCUGGACGAGACUCGUACUCUGUUGCCGUCCGUCCCUCCAGAACGCGCACCAUCACCGCCACGACCACCGGCUCCGAGCAGCAGCAACAGCAGCAGCAACAACGACAGCCGGCGUUCGCUUCGGCCGCCAAGAUCGACAUUCGCUUUGACAAGCUUGGCUUGACCAUCCGCCGAAAGUCUGGCAUCAUUCGACGCAAAGUCACCGAGCAAGUCAUUCUGCGCGAGGUCUCUGGCGAGUUCCUGCAUGGUCGACUCACCGCCAUCAUGGGUCCUUCCGGUGCGGGAAAGACCAGCUUGCUGAACGUUCUGUGCGGCAAGGCCAAGCGAACCUCUGGCCACCUGUACAUUAACGGACAGAAAGGCGAGAUUGAGCAGUACAAGAAGGUCAUGGGCUUUGUUCCUCAGGACGACAUUAUGCUGCGCGAGCUCACUGUCGAAGAGCUGCUCACCCACAGCGCGCGCGUUCGUUUGCCCGCCGAGCUCUCCCGCGCCGAGAUUGCCCGUCGCGUGGACGGUGUCAUUGCUACUCUCGGCUUGACAGAGGUCCGUCAAUCGCGCAUUGGCGACGAGCUACGCCGCGGCGUCUCUGGCGGUCAGCGCAAGCGCGUGAACAUUGGCAUGGAGCUUGUCGCCGAAACGGCGUGCAUCUUCCUUGACGAGCCCACCUCCGGCUUGGACAGCUCGAGCGCCGAGGAGGUGACCUCUGCACUCCAGACAAUUGCGGCCUCUGGCAUCAACGUCAUUGCCGUCAUCCACCAGCCCCGCGUCGAAAUUUUCAACAUGUUCCACUCAAUCAUGCUCUUGGCGAAGGGAGGCAUGGUGGCCUACCACGGCCCGACUGCCGGCGCGCUCGGCUACUUCCACGAAAUUGGCUUUGCGGCCGUUGGCAACACGUCCGCGCCAGACUAUCUGAUGGAUGUCUUGUCGGGCCAUGUUUCCCGCCGUGCCGUUGGAGGAGCAACAACGACUGCUGAUGACCAGCAGCUGUCUGUCGCUCCAGAGGACCUGCACAAGGAAUGGCAAAAGCGCGAGCCUGAAGUUACAGCCCCGGUGCUGUCCGAGCGGUCGAGCUCCUUUUCGCGAGUUCGGUCUCUCUCCAAGCUGCUCAAAUGGAACGAGCCCAUCCACCGCACGACGGCCGCCUUCCCAACGCAGCUCGUUCUUUUUGCCUACCGGUCCAUCCUCCAGACCCGGCAUGCCGUUGGACGGUUCCUGCUGGACAACUUCCUCUUUGCCUUCACUGGCGUCUACAUUGGUCUCAGCUUUUUGGAUCCCAAGUACGUGCUGCCCAUCCCCACGGCGGUCAGCAACUAUUGUCCCAACACCCUGUCCCAGCUCGUGAAUGGUUUGGUGUCUGCAACCCCGCAAGGCGGGGAGAACUUUCGCAACUGGUGCUCCAACUGCUCGCCCUCCGAAGAAAACAUUGGUCUCAUGGGCAUUUACAUGUGCAUGGGCAUCGGUGUCAUGGCCACAGCAGUGAGCGUGCGCACGUUUGGUGAUGAGCGGAUUGUGUACUGGCGCGAUGCUUCGUCCGGUAUCAACACAUUGGCCUACUUUAUUGGCAAGUGUGUCGUGGACUUUGCCAAGUUUCUGUUCUUCACCUGGAGCUUUUUGGCGACCUUCAUGCUGGUUGCGGCGCCUUUCGGAUCCUUCAACGGCUACUUCCAAGUUGUCCUGGCUGUGAUUUGGUGCAUGUCGUCGCUUGGAUACAUAACAUCGAUAGUCCUUUCGCGGCAAAACUCUGGUUUCACGGCUGUCAUGCUGGGCAUCAUUUGGUCUCUGACAACCGGCUUUGUCUUUUCCACAGAAAAGCUUGGAUUCUUUGGCAUCAUUUCCUUCCCUCGCUGGUUUGGCGAAGCCGUGUUUGCGGUGGAAACGGCUGACAUAUCCUCUGGACCACACUCUGUCAUUAACACGGUGGUGCUUGCCGGCGGCCAGGCAUUCCCCGUGCAGCAGGCGUACGGCUCUGGUCUUGAGCAGUUUGCCGAUCUCCGAUAUGGCUACACGCUUGGCCGCCUGUCCACCAAUGUCCUCAUGAUGUUUGUCCUUGGAGCUGCGCUUCGUGUCAUUGCCUAUGCUCUGCUGCGGUUGACCAACCGUCGCAAGCAGCGUUGAGUUUGUUUAGUUGGUUUGCGUUUUGUUUUAUUUUCCCCCCGAGUCGUUUAGGUUUUGCUAUUGUACGCUGUGUGCAAAAACGCCAGUCUGCAGUAGCCAUUGUGUUUAUUAUAUGCGUUCCAAAGUUC